UAACAGAAGCAAAUAAAUGGACCAUCGUGCGGUUAUCCAUUUCCAUCCUGAAUAUUCUGAUUUUCUGAUCCGACCACCGUUGAAGGAAUUUAAAAAAAAUCGAUGACAUCCGAAACACAGGCUGACAGGCGCUAAGUGGACGGACUGUCAAUAGUCAGCAGAAAGCAAAACAAAGUCAGAGUAAACAGUUCCAGAUGAGCAAAAUGAGCGACCAAUCCAGCGAGGCGUUAAGUGGUCCCAAUGAUAGCUCCAUACCAGCCACAGCAGUGGAAGCUGAGAAGGACAGUGAAUCAGACUCAUCCAUUAGCUGUGCUAAACAGACCGCUGACAACAAUGAUGAUGAGUGUCCAAAAACGUUCCCGUUCACCGAUGCCAACGAUAGCCCGAGUGCAGGGGAUUUGGCUCACUCUACACGCUGUAAUCUGAAGGUGCGUACGAAGUGCCAUCGACUGCAGAAUCGCUCAUCCCCGUACAGGACGAUACGCCCGUCGGCGCUACUCGUCUCCCGCUUUCUGGAGGCCGUUUCGCACAAUAACACGGAAAAGGUGCAGGAAAUGAUACAGCAAGGCAUGUCACCGAACACGUCCGAAAGCUACUUCAACCGGUCGGCGUUGCAUAUUGCGUGCAGCAGAGGAUUCCGAGACAUCGUUCGCCUCUUGCUAGAGAACGGUGCCAACCCGAACAUACGGGAUAAAAAUAUGAACACACCGCUGCACUUGGCCUCCAGCACGGAAAGUGUCGAGGUGGUGCAGAUGCUACUCGAUUUCGGCACCAACGUGCUGCUGAGGGAUUCGAAUGGUUUGCUUGCGCUGGACUUUUCAAUCGGUAAGCUCCGGCUCUCGGAGCGGCUCAUCUCCAAAAUGCAAAAGCUUACGCAAAGCGACAUACACAAGCAUCGUGAAAAAACGGCCGACGUUUGCGAACGAAUUUUUGCCGUAUUUAAGCAGCAGGUCCGAAACCUCGAUCUGCCAAGGCAGGGCCUGGACCAGGAAAAGCUGGAACAGAUGCUGAAUGAUUUUUCCGAACAGCUCGGCAAGGUGCGCCAACGGCAAAUCGAUCUCGAUUCCAUCGUCGAUCAGAUCAGCAAUCUGAAGGUGAAAAGUGAAAUUGAUAGCGACGUCAAUUCGUUGCUCUCCACCCUGCAGCAGUUCACUCUCUGAACUGUGGAAGGACAAUUAUUCAUUCGGUGAUGGAUCAAACGGUUUCAUGCGCGCGGAUUACAUUCCAUAUCCAUCUAAUACAUGUAUAGGCCAAGUUUCUAUGUAAUGUGUGUAUGUGUGUGUGUGUGUGUGUGUGUGUGUGUGUGUGUGUGUGUGUGUGUGUGUGUGUGUGUGU